AUGGGUUUCAAAUCCCUCUUCUCCCGGAAGAAGAAAUCCAUUCCAUCAGCCACAGCCCUCCCACUCACGACCACACCCUCGCGAUCCCCAUCCUUCAACUCGCGCGCUCAGAUCGCCGAACUCGACCAGGUCUUCAAGAAAUUCGAUGUCAAUGGCGACGGCAAGAUCUCGUCUUCCGAGCUCGGAGCCAUCAUGAGCAGCCUGGGCCAGCCGGCCAACGAAGAGGAGCUCAGCCACAUGAUCUUAGAGGUCGAUUCCGACGGCGAUGGCUUCAUCGACUUCAAAGAGUUCGUCGAGCUCAAUACCAACGGGGUCGACCAGGCCGAGGCGCUGGAGAAUCUGAAAGACGCUUUCUCGGUCUACGACAUUGAUGGGAAUGGGUUGAUUUCGGCCGAGGAAUUGUAUAAAGUGCUGAGGAGCUUGGGGGACGAGUGUUCGAUCGCUGAGUGCAAGAAGAUGAUCAGUGCGGUCGACAGCGAUGGCGACGGUAUGAUCAAUUUUGAGGAGUUUAAGGUCAUGAUGAUGAUGGGCUCGCGUUAUAAUGAUUCUGCUGCAGUUUGA